UAGAAAAUUUGGUUACAAGUACAGAUGCUAUAUAAAGUCACUCGUGAGUGGACUUUUAAUAUAGACCUAAGAAUACAUUUUUCCUUUUCAACAGAGGAUGUGCAAAAUAUUUCUACUUAAUGGGAUUGAGUGGAUAUUGCAAAAAGGCCAACAGGAAAAAAGUUCCAUUGGCUUCAUUUCAUUGGAACUAAUAGUGCAAACAUUUGAUCUUCAAUUCCUUUACCAUUCACAAACUCUGUUUUGUUUUUCACAGACUUUGCUUAAAGAUGAUAAAAAUCAGUAUGCGAAACCAUACAAUGAUUAGAAUUUGUUCUCUUGGGCAUCUCAGAUGACCCAAAGCUUUAGGCUAUAAUCUUUAUCAUUCUGCUUAAGGCUUAUAUAUUACACGUCACUGGAAACCAACCAUCAUCAUCCUCACCUUGACAGACUGUCCUAUGUAUUUUCUUCCUGUGGAAUUUCUCCUUAGAAAUUACAUUCACCGGUGUGUCUAUCCCCAGAUUUUGGGGGACAAUCAUUACUAAAGUUAGAACCAUUUCCUAUAACGAUUGUUUAGCUCAGCUAUUUUUCUUCAUCUUCAUGGGUGUGUCUGAGUUUUUUCUUCUCACUGCCAUGUCUUUUGAUCGCUACGUUGCCAUCUGCAGGCCUCUUCACUACACCACCAUCAUGAACAAGAAAAUCUGCACCCUGCUGGUCUUUGGGUCAUGGCUGGGGGGAUUCCUUACCAUUUUCCCACCACUCAUGCUCAUCCUCCAGCUAGAUUUCUGUGCUGCCAAUGUAAUCGAUCAUUUCUCCUGUGACUAUUUCCCCAUUUUACAACUCUCGUGCUCAGAUACAUGGCUUUUAGAGAUGAUUGGCUUUUACUUUGCUUUUGUUACUCUGCUCUUCACGUUGGCAUUCGUGAUUCUUUCCUACGUGUGCAUUCUUAGCACCAUUCUGAGAAUCCCGUCUGCUACUCAGAGGAAAAAGGCUUUCUCCACAUGUUCCUCUCACUUGAUUGUCAUUUCCAUCUCUUAUGGGAGCUGUAUAUUCAUGUAUGUCAAGCCUUCAGCAAAAGAAAGAGCCAAAUUACAUAAAAGUGGGAGUACAAGAAGUUUCACUGUUGAUGGGCAGCCCUGCAGUCCUGAUCCGUCCACCGCCUGGGCCCUGCCAUCAGGCUGGUUGGAUAGCUCAGCUUCCGGCAGCAAGACUGUGCUCAUUUGCUUAAGCUUUCUUGUACACUGA